AUGCAGAGGUGGAUCUGGGACACGGGGUUUACCGCCGUCGCUGGCGAAGCCAUCUCGUUCGAAGUGUUCCCUCCCGUUGGGGACAUUGCCCGUCACAACUACUUUCUUGCCGGAUGGGGCAUGCCCAUCGGCGAGAUGUUCGACCUAGAAAGGCUGGCGCACGUCUGCCAGCAUCUGAACCGGUCGACUUUCUUUUUCGCAUCCAUGCCGAUCAACAUUCCCGGUGGCGUGUCGUCGCCGCCGCCCACCGCCCAAGCCAUCUUCAGAGAAAGGCAUCAGCUGGUUCGGAGUCUCACGGGCUUGUUCUCCGGCCCCAAUCUGAUCAUUCGCACCAUGAUUGGGGAGCAUUGGACACCAGAGAAACAGGCGACGUUCUUCAGCUGGUUUGCUGUCUCUGGAAGCAUGGGUCUGUUCCUGGGCCCAAUUAUCGGCGGCGCUCUCGUCAAUCCAGCCAGCCAAUAUCUCUCCAUCUUUGGGGGAACCCAGUUCCUCGGAGAGUAUCCGUACGUGCUGCCGGGUCUUGUCCUGGCGGCCAUCAGCGCAACGGCUGCCUUGAGCUCCUUCCUGAUGGUCGAGGAGUCAAUACGCGUCAAUAAGAAGACAGACCAGACCGGUGUGAGCGUCCAUUCAGUACCGAAGGCGUGUUCGCAGCAGCUUCUUCAAAUUCCAGUGGGCGCUGUCGACGUGGUACUCGGACCUGCCGCAUUCAUGUCAUUCACAGCUGUCCAGCUCGCCGUAAACAGAGCCAGCCCAAGCCCCGGUGUCCUUGGAAAGCUGCACUGGGUCGCCGAGCUUGGCUUCAGCGUCAUCAGGAGUAUCAUGCCGGGCGUAGCAACGGCUGUUUUCGCGGCUGGCGUGCGCGGAAACAUCCAGUCCUCUCUGUAUGUAGGUAUUUGGCUCGGGUUGUGCUGA